AUGGAUGCAUGGGAGCUAUGGCAGAAAGAUGCUGCACUGGAGCUGAUGGAUCCAAUGCUAAGUGGUUUAUGUAUCACAGAGCAACUGAGAAUUAGAUGUAUUCACAUAGGCCUUCUAUGUGUAGAAGAUCGCGCACUUGAUUGGCCUGCCAUGCCAGAUGUUAUUUCCAUGUUAACAAAUGACAGUAUGACACUGCCAAUGCCAAGAAAACCGGGAUUUUUGCAAGCAAUGCGGUUGAAGAAGAUUUACCUGGAAAUGAUCAGCCAGAGAAAUAUUCAGUGAAUGGGCUCUCCAUUUCUGCAAUGGAUGGAAGAUAGGGGUAUGGCGUUUUGUUACUUCGUUUAGAAAGCUAAUUGUAGUAAAGCUUUUAUGGAUCAGAUAAAUCACAUAUGCACAUAAACAUGAAUCUCCUUGUCGGGUAGCGGUAUGUUUAAGCGGUGAAAGUCAAGUUCUAGCGCACGACGAAAUCCUAUCUUUCGGGCUAAGUUAGUUACGGAUAUCUUUCCUGUUUAAAUAGUGCAAGCGGAUCAUAGUGAUAAAAAAAAAUGUGGAUUACCACAGGUUACCGGUUAUGUCACUGAGAGAGUUUGUUAGUGUGUUUGUGCCAUUAGUUCUUGGGGACUACAGGUGAUGUCACUUUCACCACAAAAAUCCACUUUACUCUGAGUAGUUUAUUUUUCGCAUGUUUAUCAAGU